AUGCAACCGAAUCCAGAUCUUGUCCGAGCCAUCGCCAACCGCUACGCCGCGAAUCUCCGCCUGUGUUUGCCGAUCAGACGAACGUCUCUGCAACUCGCGCGAGCCGUCCAUGCCAAUAUCAUUACUUUCGGCUUCCAGCCACGUGCCCAUAUCCUCAAUCGUUUGAUUGAUGUUUACUGUAAAUCGUCAGGGCUCCAUUAUGCACGCCAACUGUUCGACGAAAUCUCCGAACCAGAUAAAGUCGUCAGAACCACCAUGGUUUCCGGCUAUUGUGCUUCCGGGGACAUUACCCUCGCUCGCUUGGUUUUCGAGGAGACUCCUGUGAGCAUACGAGAUACUGUAAUGUACAACGCCAUGAUCACUGGCUUCACGCACAACAAUGAUGGCUACUCUGCAGUUAACUUGUUUUGUAAGAUGAAGCAAGAAGGAUUCAAACCGGAUUACUUCACUUUCGCGAGUGUUCUUGCCGGAUUGGCGAUAUUUGUCGAAGAGGAGAAGCACUGUGUGCAGUUUCAUGCUGCAGCUUUGAAAUCUGGCGCUGGUUACAUCACUUCGGUUUUGAACGCUCUCGUGUCUGUGUAUUCGAAAUGUGCUUCUUCGCCUUUGUCUAGUUCGUCUUCUCUGUUACAUUCAGCUAGAAAAGUGUUUGAUGAGAUCCCUGAGAAAGAUGAGAGGUCUUGGACGACUAUGAUUACAGGUUAUGUAAAGAACGGUUGUUUCGAUUUAGGGAAAGAGUUGCUUGAAGGGAUGGACGAGAAUAUGAAGCUGGUUGCUUAUAAUGCUAUGAUUUCUGGUUAUGUUCAUCGCGGGUUGUAUCAAGAGGCAUUGGAGAUGGUUAGACGGAUGGUUUCAUCUGGAAUUGAGCUAGACGAAUUUACAUAUCCUAGCGUUUUAAGGGCGUGUGCUACUGCUGGAUUGCUUCAGCUGGGGAAGCAAGUUCAUGCUUAUGUAUUAAGAAGGGAGGAUUUCUCCUUUCAUCUUGACAAUUCUUUGGUUUCAUUAUACUACAAAUGCGGUAAAUUUGAUGAGGCAAGAGCCAUUUUCGAUAAAAUGCCAGCAAAGGACUUGGUUUCUUGGAACGCAUUGUUAUCAGGGUAUGUUAGUUCGGGGCACAUAGAUGAGGCGAAGUUGCUUUUCAAAGAUAUGAAAGAGAAGAAUAUCCUGACCUGGAUGAUAAUGAUUUCAGGGUUAGCUGAAAACGGGUCUGGGGAAGAAGGUUUGAAGCUUUUUUCUUGUAUGAGGAAAGAAGGUUGUGAACCUUGCGAUUACGCGUUCUCUGGGGCGAUAAAGUCAUGUGCUGUGCUGGGAGCGUAUUGCAACGGGCAGCAAUUCCAUGCUCAAUUGGUUAAAGUAGGGUUUGCCUCGAGCAUCUCUGCUGGAAACGCCCUUAUUACAAUGUAUGCGAAAUGCGGGGUUGUUAACGAAGCUCGACAGGUGUUUUUAACUAUGCCUUGUCUGGAUUCAGUUUCUUGGAACGCUUUGAUUGCUGCUUUGGGACAGCAUGGACAUGGUGUUGAAGCAGUAGAUGUGUACGAGGAGAUGUUGAAGGAAGGGAUAAGACCUGAUCGGAUUACGCUUCUUACAGUUUUGACAGCGUGUAGCCACGCAGGUUUAGUGGAACAAGGACGGAAAUACUUUGAUUCGAUGGAAACUGUUUACCAUAUACCUCCAGGUGCAGAUCAUUACGCAAGGCUGAUCGAUUUGCUCUGUCGAUCUGGGAGAUUCUCUGAAGCGGAAAGUAUAAUCAAAUCGUUACCUUUUGAACCUACUGCACAAAUCUGGGAAGCACUUCUUUCGGCGUGCAGAGUAUAUGGAAACAUGGAACUAGGAAUCAUCGCUGCUGACAAACUCUUUGAUCUCAUACCAGAACACGAUGGGACAUACAUGCUCUUAUCGAACAUGUACGCAGCUACUGGCCAGUGGGAGGAAGCGGCAAGGAUUCGUAAUCUAAUGCGGCAUCGAGGGAUAAAAAAGGAACUGGCCUGUAGUUGGAUUGAAGUGGAGACACAAGUGCAUACAUUUCUGGUGGAUGAUACAUCACAUCCAGAGGCAGAAGCUGUUUACAACUAUCUUCAGGAGUUGGGUAAGGAGAUCAAAAGACUCGGAUAUGUACCAGACACGAGCUUUGUGUUGCACGACGUGGAGUCUGAUUGUCAUAAGGAGGAUAUGUUGGCUACACAUAGUGAGAAGAUUGCGGUUGCGUUUGGGCUAAUGAAACUUCCUCCGGGAACAAGCAUUAGGGUUUUCAAGAACUUGAGGACUUGUGGAGAUUGUCAUAAUUUUUUCAUGUUCUUGUCGCGGGUGGUGCAGCGAGACAUUAUCUUGAGAGACAGGAAGAGGUUUCAUCAUUUCCGGAAUGGCGAGUGUUCUUGUGGUAACUUCUGGUAG